GGGCGGAGUGAAGCCGAACAUGGCGGCUGUGACGGCGGCGGGUGCUGCGCUGGCAGCGGCCUGUGGGGAGGGGGCAGCGCAUCAGCAGCAGCGGCCGCCACAACAACAGCAGCAGCAGCAGCGGCCGGUGGAGCUCGCCUGAGGAGAGCGGCCGAGUGAGCGCAGCUCCUCCGCCCCAGCGGCGUCUUCCCUCCCCCCGUCCCUCGCGCCCUGCCCUGCCCUGCCCUCUUCUUGCCUGAGGAGCGUCGGAGAUGGAGGUGGUCGGCGCCGGGGAGGAGGGCGAGGAGCCCCCGAAAGGGGUCCGGAUCCUUGGCUCGGAGCUGGUGGAGACCUACACGGUGUACAUCAUUCAAGUGAGCAUUGGGAACCAUCAGUGGGUAGUCAAACAUCGAUACAGUGACUUCCAUGAACUUCAUGAAAAGCUUGUUUCAGAAAAGAGAAUAGAUAAGAAUCUGUUACCUCCUAAGAAGAUUAUUGGCAAGAAUUCCAAAAGUUUGGUAGAAAAAAGACAAAAAGAGUUGGAAGUCUAUCUACAAACUCUCCUUCUUACAUUUCCCUUGGCUGCACCCAAAGUAUUGUCCCAGUUCUUACAUUUUCACUUAUACGAAAUCAUUGGUAUCACAGCUGCAUUGGCUGAAGAACUCUUUCACAAAGGAGAGCAGUUACUUAUGGCUGGUGAGGUCUUUAAUAUCAGACCCUUGCAGUUGUAUGCUAUUACUCAACAACUUUGUCGGGGAAAGCCAACAUGUGCAAAUGGAGAUGCCAAAACUGAUCUCGGUCACAUUCUGGAUUUCACGUGUAGACUCAAAUAUUUAAAGAUAACAGGCACAAGUGGACCUUUGGGAACCAGUAACAUUCAGGAACAUCUUUUGCCUUUUGACCUAUCAAUAUUUAAAUCUCUUCAUCAGAUACAGAUAAAUCACUGUGGCGCAAAGGUUAUUAAAGGGCUGACCUCCUCAAAGCACACUUUGGCUACACUGAGUGUUCAGUUCUCAGCAACAUCAAUGAUGGAGGUCCUAGUUCCUGAGGCCUAUGAAUUUGACCAGUGGGAACCAGAGGGCGCACCUUCCAGUCGUCCUGUGACUGCAGUUAUUCCAACGUGGAGGACUUUAACAACCUUAGAUAUGAGUCACAACAGCAUAGCUCGAAUUGAUGAAUCUGUGAAACUUAUGCCGAAGAUAGAAUUUCUUGAUUUAAGCCACAACGAUGUACCACUAGUGGAAAACUUACAGCAUCUCUACAACCUCAUUCAUCUGGAUCUAUCCUACAAUAAACUUGCAACGUUAGAAGGUAUUCAUACCAAAAUUGGGAAUAUCAAAACACUGAACUUAGCAGGGAAUCAUCUGGAAAGACUUAAUGGCCUCAACAAACUCUAUUCUUUAGUCAACCUGGAUCUUAGCAACAACAAAGUGGACCAGAUUGAUGAAAUAAAGAAUAUAGGAGGGCUUCCUUGCUUGGAAAAGGUUGUCUUAUCCAACAAUCCUUUGAGUAUUAUUCCCGAUUACAGGACCAAAGUGCUAGCUCAGUUUGGGGACAGAGCCUCGGAGGUCUGUUUGGAUUAUAUAGUGACCACUGAAAAAGAACUUGACACUGUGGAAGUGUUGAAGGCAAUUCAAAAAGCAAAAGAUGCAAAAUGCAGAAUGAACAACUCUGAUAAAAAGAUCCCUGAAGAUUCCAAGCUUUCUGCUGCCAGUUCAAAAUCAAACUGUUCUUCUCUUUCUGUACAUCCUCCCUCUCCUUCUCUGCCUCGUCCUGUCAGCUCCAGUCAAGAAAUAACUUUUAGAAAAACAAUCCUAGCCAGCAGUUUCUCAUCAAGCAGUUCGACUCCUACAAGCCAUACAGUUACUCAAAGAUGCUCUGAAACACCAGGCCUGGGAAGCAGAAAUCAGGUACCUGCUUCUCAGUUGGACUCUUCCAACAAAUAUGAAAAUGCCCAUCACAUGUGCUUGGGCCAUUCAAAAGAAGAACCUGAUGCCUUGCCUGACUCUCUUAAUACUGUCAUCCUGCCUUUCACCUGUAUGUCGUACACUGCCACAAAUCAGGAUUUUGUGCAACAUCUCUCUGCUUUGAUAGCAGAUGCUGUGGAAAGUGCACCCUCUUUCUCAGUGGAAACUCAAAAUACAGGGAACCUUUUGAGUGAUUCCAGAGUUGCAGAUACUGAAGAUGGCUAUUUUGAAAUGGGGCUUCAUGAAGGGGACAAUGUAUUUGAGUUCAUCCCUACAUCAGAUAUUGUGCAAAUAGCUUCUGACAGCACAAAAACAGAGCCGGAUGACAUAGUCAAAGUUCUCUGGAGCUUUUGUAUUCAGGUUCAUAAAGGACUCAAGCAGUUUGCUUCCUGUUUGGUUUUGACCAAUAGUGUGGUAGCUGUAUUUGAAAUCCCUCAAGAUCCCAAAGGAAACUGCCAGAAUAUUCUUUCUGCCUUGAAAUUAGCACUGUGCUUUCCAUAUUCUGACCUUACAGAAUUUGGCUUUUUAAUACCAGAAAUAUGUUUGACACUCAAGGUAAAUAAUGGCGAUACCUGCUUGUUUGUUGUUUCGGACUCUCAGAAUCUGCAAGAUUUCUAUUCUUGUUUACAUAUGUCUUGCUCUCAGAGCUGUAUGCCUGCUUUAACAAGUUCUGUACUGUACUGUGGCAAAGCAAGUUUGCAAGAAUUUGUCUACCAGCUUAUGGGAUUCUAUCACAUUUCAUCUGAAAACACAGAGAUAAAGGGUUGUUUCCCUGCCUACCUUUUCUGCCGUAAUAAAGUUGAUGCUCAGAAAGUCUUGUGUCAACUAGAAUCUGCCAGUGAUGGCAAAACUUCCUCUAAACACGUCGGUUGUUCUGCACUUUAUUCAACAUUUCAUAAAUCUGCCGAAGAAGGCCACUACAUGUUCCAUCCCUGUUGGAUAUUUCUAACACCCCAACACCUACACAUAGUUCAAGUUGACUUUAAUGUACUGCCAGGAAAAUACAUAGACUCUGAGAACGCAAGGAGCAUAUUCAAGCUGAGCAGGAUUCCACUAGCUUCUGUUCUCUUGCACCCUGCCAGCCAUUCUAUUCAGCAAGAAGGUUCAUUUUCAGAUGGCCAUGUGCUUGAAUUGCUCGUUGGCUACAGAUUUGUCACAGCUGUAUUUGUCCUACCUCAUGAAAAAUUCCAUUUUCUAAGAAUCUACGGUCUUCUGAGGACACUUUUACAAGACAUCAAAACUAUAAUUACUUUCAAAGCAGAAUCUGUAAGAAACCCUCUCUGGGACUCCAAGAGACAUGGCCAAACUGCAAGCUUAUGCAAGCCACAUUUGCCAUUCUCAUCUCUGUAUCCAUCUGAAUUUCUGGUGCAGAAAAUUACUGAAGAAAACCAAAUACCUGUGCACCUUCCAGUCUCUUCAUCGCUUCAGUAUGUGGCUGGGCUAAAGGGAAAAUCCAUUAUGGAAUUUUUCCACAGCAGCAUUGCUGAGGUGGAAAACGAAGAGCUGAGGCAUCUCAUGUGGUCAUCUGUUCUGUUUUAUAAAGCUCCUGAUAUGGAAGCGACAGCUUGUGUUCUACUCUCAACUAAAGCUAUUUACUUCUUGUUAGACGAUUCCGUGACUCAUUCUAAGGAACGCCACUUCGAUUUUUGGAGCCAUGGACAAUUGGACUAUGAAUUCAGUUCUUUCCAUCUCUCUUACUGCUUGGUCCUAAAAUUAAAUGAUCUCCACUCAGUGAACAUUGGACUUUUUGAUCAGUAUUUUCGACUUGCUGGGCGUUCAGCUGAACAUAUAUUAACUUGUCUAACAAGAGACAGUUAUAGCACUCAUGCUUUUAUUCAGCACCUUAUGGCAGUGCUCUCACUACUGGCAAGGACACCAUCCCCAGAGCCAGUGGACAAAGACUUCUACUCUGAAUUUGGAAAGAAAAAUACAGGGAAAAUGGAGAAUUAUGAACUGAUUCAUUCUAGUAGAGUGAAGUUCAUAUAUCCCAAUGAAGAAGAAAUUGGGGACCUUGCCUUUCUAGUAGCAGAGAAAAUGAACUGUGUGAUUAACUUCCAGUCUCUGAAUAUACUUCUCUAUGUGCUAGCAUUUCAAGUGAAUGCUACAGAAGGGACUGCUCAAUCCAACAGCUCACUUCAACCCAAAACGCUGAUCUUAACCAGCUCGGAUAUGUUUCUUUUCAAUGAGGAUUACAUCAGUUAUCCACUUCCUGAAUUUGCUAAAGAACCACCAAAGAAAGACAAGUAUCAACUUGCAGAUGGAAGAAGGAUCCGUGAUUUAGACAGAGUGCUCAUGGGAUAUCAGACAUAUCCGCAGGCGCUCACGUUUGUUUUUGAUGACAUUCAGAAUCAAGAUAUCAUGCAGAACCUGACCCUUGAUCACUUUGGCAAUGUUCUCAGUUUUCCUAAAGGGCAGGUCACCCAGGAAGGCAGCAGCAGUCGAGAGGUCCUGUGGUGUGUCUUCAUCCCAAGUCCAGAAAGCCGUGAGAAACUAAUAUCUCUUCUUGCUAGGCAGUGGGAGAUCUUAUGUGGUCGAGAGCUACCUUUGGAGCUCACUGGGUAGUUUUAUCGUUUUCAAAUGUUUUAGUUACUGCAGAGUUGAGAGAGAUCAGGCCUAUAAGACUAUGACUUAUAGCACAGCAUUGAUUGAAUUAAGCAGGGAUUGGCACUUUCUUCACAGCAACAUAUUACAUUGAAGUUUCCUGUGUGUUGCUGUUAUAGUUCCUUGUGCGGUGAAGAGGUUUUAAUAGUACAACCAAUCUGCUAAAACAUUAAAACUGGAAUUUUCUAAACUAUAUUUUUAUGUAACAGUACACAUUCGGAUUCCUUAUUAAGCAUCCCAGGCAACUGUAUGGAACAAAAGGAGUCAAUACUUGGCAUACUUUCAUUAGGACUGUUAUGUUUCCACUGUGGUUUUUGUACAUAAAUAUCAGUCUUGCUAUUCUAUACAAGCUAUGUAAAUAAUGGUAACUAAAAAUGCUUGAGCUAUGUCAAAGUGCAAUGUUCUUUGUUCAAGAUGUAUUUUAUUGCCUAUGCUGCUAACAGUUAUUUAAUAAUCCUUAUAAUUUUUACAUUUCAUUCUUUUAUGAUGUGUCAAAUUUAAUUUUGUUUGCUAAUCAUGAACAUGAUGGAAGAAUUCACCUAUAACUGAAAGUUACUGUUACAUCCGAUGGACACUUUUAAACAGUUGUGAAAAGUUAUCAGUUUCAGUUCACUAUUGCAGACAAAGGUUGGCCAGGAUUGACAAUGAUUGCCCUGUUGCCAACAAAUCAAAGGAUACUUGUAGUUCAGAGCACUGUGUUUUUCUGUUGCCAAGUUUCUCAAUACAAAUAAACCAAAAUUUGUGUUUCUGACUUU